AUGCCGCCAAUGCAUGCGGGCGGGGAAACCAAGAGGACUCUUUGGGGAGAGCUUCCAGGCACCUUGCAUGCAUAUCGAAGUGACCACAACCACAACAGCCUAGCGAGGGAGCAAAAAAGUCGAGAGGACCGCAAGUAUCUUUACCUUGGCACGCUUGAAUACCUGUCAUUGCUGUCAAGCUCGGAGCCUGAUCCCAAGGCGCUGGGCCGUGAAAGCGCACCAACAACCCACGGUGCCACAGUCCGAUAUCCACGCAGGCGCACACACCAUCUGACGGGUUUCCUCUCCGUGUAUCUGGUCUUCACACCUUCAACUCCGGAGCUCCAUAAAAGAUUUUCCGUCCGGUCUUCGGCAGAUCCUGCCGGCGGUCCUGCAGGGAGAACUGCCGCGACCAGAUCCGAGGGUAACCAUUCGCAACUCCCGGGGUCCGUUCCCCCCUUCCCCCCAAUACCCACUCCGUCACAGCGCCGUGUUCCCGAUCCUCCUUUAAUCAUAACGCAAUUGAUAACGACGCAUAUCUAUUCCCCUCCUCCCCCCACCCCCAUGUUGGCCUCCGGUUUGCGGAAUGUAGCUCGACGGCCCGGCUGCUGCUGCUGCUGCCGAAUAUCCCCUUUCUCAGCCUUCGCCGCCGCCGCCGUCGCCGGUACUACAGCUACCGCAAGCUUCAACCUCUCCCGUCCCGUAUCCCGAUCCUUUGUUGCCGCGCGCGCAUCGCAAUCCGCAAGAAUGGCUUCAACAACGACAUCCCUCCCAAGGAUCCCUCUCUUCGAGGCCAUUUCCCGGCAUGAUCCCGAGUCCACGGCUGUAAUUCACUCCUUAUCCGGCCGCCGCUUCAAGUACGGAGAGCUCCUGGGUGACGUGCGCCGCACGCGGAACAAGCUCUUAGACUCAGCGGGCAAGUCAGAUCUUAAUGGCGAGCGCAUCGCAUUCUUGGUAGAGAACAGUUACGACUAUGUAGUGACCCUCCUCGCUGCCUUUGCCGCGCGGUCAAUCGCCGUACCUCUUUCUCCAGCCUUCCCCGCCGCCGAGCUCCAGUAUAUUCUAAACCAGAGCGAAGCGUCGCUGCUCGUGUCUUCGGCCAAGUUCGCCGCAAAAGCAAAGGAGGUUCUUGCUACAGAGCUCCUCUCAAGCCCGACGCAAGUCGAACUACAGAAGCACCUCGGUGGCAGCGUGCAUGAGCAAGUUGAACUAGAUGAUUCCGAUGCCGACGGCGCAGGCAUGAUGCUGUACACUUCAGGCACCACCAACCGACCAAAAGGUGUCCUUCUCCCCCAAUCCGUCCUCACGGCGCAAUCCAAAUCCCUAAUCGAAGCAUGGAACUACACCCCCGCGGACCACCUCCUCCAUGUCCUCCCCCUACACCACAUCCACGGCACGGUCAACGCUGUCCUCACGCCGCUCCUGUCAGGCUCCACGAUCGAGUUCAUGUUCCCCUUCAACGCCGACGCAGUCUGGAAGCGCCUCGCCGCGCCCUACAUUACCUCCAACGGUACAAACGGUACCAACGGUACCAACGGGGUCAACGGGACCAACAGCACAAACGGGACACACAAGAACAUCGCAAAGGAGAAGAUUACCUUCUUCACCGUCGUGCCAACAGUCUACUCUCGCCUCCUCGCAACCCACAAACUCCUCCCUCUCGACCCUGCGGAGCCCACACGAGAAGCCGUCUCCCCGCGCAACAUGCGCCUCGCCAUCUCCGGCUCCGCCGCUCUCCCGACGCCCAUCAAGGAGGCCUGGAAGACUCUGUCCAAGGGCAACGUCCUCCUCGAACGUUAUGGCAUGACGGAGGUCGGCAUGGCCCUCUCCUGCGGUCUCGAUUUCGCCGACCGCGUCGACGGCAGCGUCGGCUGGCCCUUGCCCGGCGUCGAAGCCCGCCUCGUCGACAUGGACACCGGCUCCGUCAUCCCUCCCGGCGAAGACGUCGACCCCAAAUCGGGCCGCGAGCGCUCCGGCGAGAUCCAGCUCCGAGGUCCCACAGUCUUCAAAGAGUACUGGCGCAACCCCGAGGCGACGGCCAAGGAGUUCGUCGAAGGCGAGGACGGCAAGGGGAAAUGGUUCAAGACGGGCGACGUCGCCGUCCGGAGACCGGUCCCGAACGCGGGGCUCAACGCCGCGCAGGCGUCCUGGGCCAAGGGCGACAUGUACUUUAUCCAGGGCCGCAAGAGCGCCGACAUCAUCAAGACGGGCGGCGAAAAGGUCAGCGCCCUCGAGGUCGAGCGCGAGCUGCUCUCCCUCCCCGAGGUGGCCGAGGCCGCCGUCGUCUCCGUCCCCUCGGGGAAGUGGGGCUCCAAGGUCGGCGCCGUUGUCAUCCUCAACACGGACGUCGUCCCACACUGGUCCCCGAUGGCCAUGCGGAGGGCCCUCCGGGAUCGGCUCGUCAACUACAAGAUUCCCCAGGUGCUCAAGGUCGUCGACCACAUCCCGCGCAACGCCAUGGGCAAGAUCAACAAGAAGCAACUAGUCCAGGCCGUCUUUGAGGACCAGUUUAGCGGUGAUGAAUUAUACACAUAUGCUUGUUUGACUAGGACAUGGAGGAAUGUGGCAUAG